GUCAUUGCGAUAUUUGUGAGUGAAAAGUGAACUGAGAAAGUGAUUGUUGUUGUGUUGCGAAUUUUUUUGUGAAUGUGAUUGUGAUUCUGUAAUACCUAAAUUUAAAAAUAAACUUGAAAUAAGCAAACAUGGAUGUCUACGGGUAUCCACCGUACCAAUAUACUCAAUCAGAUGAGCUCGCGAAACAGAUGUUUGCUCAUCAAGCAUUGUCGUCUUCAGUCGCAUACAAUCAGGAAAUGCGUAGUCCACAUGUAGUACCUGGUCCAAGUGCCAUGCCUGGUCCAAGUACGAUGCCUGCCCCAUCCGGGGCUCCUUGGAACAUGCAAGGAUUGCCCUGGGGCAUGCAAUCUCCACCCACUUUGGUACAGUUUACUGGACAGAACCCCCAAUUGGAAAGCAAAAUAUAUCCACUAGUUCAUUCUAAGAGAAAAAGUUUAGAUGUCGAACCUGUCAUACCAGCUAAGCAGUUAAUUACUGAAGAGAAAAUGGCCGCUCACCUCAAUGGAUUGCACAUAUCCUCAGAAUACACCCCACACCGUCUUGCCACUGAAGAACUAAUGGAUGUAAACAUGGACACCCCUUCUGCCACUACAGCAAACUUCAGUGAAAAAUUAAAAGACAAAUUCACAGUGGUAAUUUCAGAAGAAGUUAAAAAAAUACAGACUGAGCCACUUUUGCCUCCAUCACUGAUAGAAAGGUUGGAAAAGCCGCACAUGUCACUGGUAGUAUGGAAACCUAAAGAAGACAUCUUGGAGAAGAUAAAGGAAGUGGUAGAAGACAAAAAAGAGGAAUGUGAAGAGGAGCAGCCUAAGAAGAGGAACGGAGUUUUGGUGGUUGAACACAGUGGAAUGGAUGUGGAAAUGUGAUAAUAGGUACUAUCCUAAGGAUGUGUGCUUAAUAUGGACAUUACAUAGUUUGUAACACUUAGUACCUUACCUCCUGGCUGCUGAUUAAGGGUCAGUUCACAUAAAGAUGAGAUGUCGUGAAAACUAAUGUAUGUGUGUGUAUUAUUUCAUGUAAAAUUUUGAAUCAGUCUAUUAAAGAGUGUGUGGCAGCAUUGCAUCUUGUUAGUGUGUCAACUGAGCCUUAGAUGAUACUCUUAUCUGUUUGUGUACAGAGGGAUAUUGAGAAAAGGUGUUUAUUGUACUUUUUGGCCUAUAUAUGUACAGUGAGGAACAAAAAUCUCGCCAUUGUUAUUUUUAAUAGUGGAGAAGGUAUAGAAAAGGCAAUAUAUUAUGGUAAUGAUGAUAUUUCAAGCAAACUAAUUUUUCAAAUUGCAAUAAUUAUGUUGGAAGUCCCGCUUUGGAAUAAAUGCCCAGCAUCUAACAUUACCCAAGUCUAGAUCCAUAAUAUCAAUAAGAUGAUGUCUUUAUUUAACUGAUAAUGGUAUCUGAUUUUUGUGCACUUCACUGUACCUUUGGAAGAAGAUUCAAUGCCCUCUUUUUUUGUAAAGAUAAAAAAUAAAUUAAUUUAAUAAACAAGCUAUUUACUUGCUUGGAAAUUAGUUUUCUCUAAUGUUACUUCCUUCCUUUGCAAAAAAUUAUGCAAAGUGAACUUUUACCCAUAGGUUAGAUAAUCAUAUUAUGUAAAACCACUAGUAGAAAAAUAAAUCGGUUUUUAGUUUAAAAAUUAUUAAUUUAAUUUUAUAUCUUUGUAAUCAAUGUUUGUGUAGUAUUCAAAAAAUGAUACCCAAAAUUAAUUAUACUUAUUGUGGCCAAAUAUAACUAUUGCUUUUUUUUGUGAUUUUUGUCCCGGCUGCCUUUCUUAUAUCCGAAUUCCUAUGUCAAUCACGGUAGAUUCUAAGUACUGACCACCGAUAACAACUUUUCCGAAAUAUUCUUCACUACUAAAUAGUUUUAAAAUUAUAACUUUAUUUAUCGUUAUUUUACUUUCGUACUGAUUAUCUAUUACAGUAAAAACUACGAUAUCUGUCAAUCUGCAUUUUAUAAUGUAAGUAUAGAUUUCGAAAUAAUAUAAGACUAUAGAAGUGGUAAGUAAAGGUAAAUAUGCCGUCGCAACUGAUGGUAAUCACCACCAUUAUUUGACAAAUUUCUAUCUGCGCAGAAAACUGCGAACCAGACAUCGACACAAAAUGAACUCAUACUAUAGUUUCAUAUAAAUGGCAUUCUUUUUUUAUUAUACUUGGUUGUGGUCACAAUGAGGAAGAGUGCAACACCUCUUUUCUCGCGAUUUCCCGUAAUCUCUGCUUGUUGACAGUGUCUGAUACGCGGUUUCCCACUGUUAAUUUUAUUGUUAAUUGUAAUUUGUUUAGGCCAACGUAUAGGUAAUCGGUUACGUAGUCUGGUUCCCCACACUUCUAUUGUCAUAUAUUAUUCUGAUUUCUAUAGUAUUAUGUAAGAUUUAAACUAGACUGAGCAGCAGCACAAUUCAAUGAUAAGUCGUAUUUUAGAUAUAUAAGAUGUAAAUAUUUGCAGUCAAAUUGUUUGAGCGUAUUGAAGAAUUGAGUGAAUAUAAGGUUUGGUUUUUUAUUGUUGAAAUUUAAGAAUAAACGUCAUAUUAAAUAUUUGACGAUAUAAUUAUUUAUAACCUACUUUCAGCCCUGGAUUCACUUCGUCACUGGAUUUUUUUAUCAUGUUUUAGAAAAUCUGACAGUUUUUACUUUCUUUGAAUAAUUUACCAACUGUAAAUAGGUUCUUCUACAAGGUAACGCAGGAACUUAGAACUUGAACAUAGAAACAUAAAACUAGGGAAAAAGAAAAUUAUUAAAAAAAGAAAACUACAGUAUAUUAUUUGCUAAAAUCUUUUAUUACUUACAAAUCACAAAGCUCACAUUUUAAUUAGGUUCUAUAAUCUAAAAUACUGAUAUUCCGUGCAGAUCCUAGGCAAUGUAGAGGUAAGGUUUGUAGAUUAGUGUUCAGCACACCUGUCCGUCGGUCACUGGCAAAGAUUAAAUAUAAAACGUAUGUAC